AUUUGAACCGUCCAUUUAUAUCGAACGGCAUUACUUUGUGAAAUAGUUAGUGCUUGUAAUCGAAAUCGUACUCAGAUUCUGAAACAAUGAUGUAGCGAAAUUGUGAAGAGAGAAAUAAUAAAUAACCAAGACAACAAACAUUGCUAUAUCCAUCUUCUUCUCUUUCAGUUUUGUCGUUUUUCACCAUCUUCUCAAUAAAUAAAUAAAUAAAAUGUUAAACAACACGUCUCGCAUUGGGUAAUAAUUUCAUGAAAACCGUUACAACGACAUCCACAUGGGUCUAUACAGCCGUCGUCAAAACUCCAACCCCCUCCCUCCAACCAUCUCUCUCCCUCCACCCUUCCACACCCGCCAUGAAUCCUCUCCUACACCUCCCCUUCCCAUCUCUCCACCACCUUCCACCAACAUUAACCGUCGCGACUCCUUACCACCUGCAUUCCCUCCAUUAUCUCCACCUUCAAUAGCCUCUCAUUCCCGUCGUGACUCCUAUCCUGGCCCCUUUCCCAAUCUCCCAUCACCUACACAUUCCGAUCACCAUCCUCCUCCUCUACCUCUCAACCACACACGCCGCGAAUCAUGUCCGAUCACAUUCCCUUUUCCAGUUUCGCCACAUCAUCAUCUUCAUCACGAUCCAUCUCUCUUUCCUUCAACAUCUUCCUCUCUCAAUAACCACCAUCACUACCUUCUCAAAUGCAGACUCGAUAUUCGUAACAAGAACAACAAUGACUCUGGCCUCAUAUGGCCUUUCUCUGAUAUUAAAAUUAUCGACGAUGAUGAUAUAAGAGAAACUGCUUACGAGGUUUUGUUCACCGCGUGUCGGUCUUCGCCCGGUUUCGGUGGCCGGAGUGCGCUUACGUUUUAUUCUAAACAUGAAAAUAAUGGCGGUGGUGGUAGUGGAGGAAUGAGUCCGGCGAGUGGUCCGGUGUCGACGACUAGUAGGGUGAAACAGGCGCUUGGUUUGAAGAUGAUGAUGAGUUCUUUGUGUCAAAGAAUGAUUUCGAGAGGUGGUUGGACGGCGAUGUCGGUACCUUCGUCGCCGGUGACGGAAGGUAGUCCUCGGUCUCGAGUUUUGCCGCGCCGGACGAUGAGUAUGGCGGAGGUUAUGAGGCUGCAGAUGGGGGUGUCGGAACAGAGUGAUAGCCGGUUGAGGAAAACUCUUAUGAGAACCCUUGUUGGUCAACUUGGCCGGCAAGCAGAAACUAUCAUCCUCCCUUUGGAACUCCUUCGACACCUUAAACCUUCCGAAUUCAGCAAUCCCCACGAGUACCAUUUGUGGCAAAGAAGGCAGCUCAAAGUCCUCGAAGCAGGGCUACUCUUACACCCUUAUAUUCCCGUAGAAAAGACCGACACAUUCGCGGUGAAUCUCCGGAAUAUAAUCCGUAGCGGUGAACUCAAACCAAUAGACACGAGCAAAAACUCCGAAACAAUGAGAACCUUUAGCAAUUCAGUGGUUUCCUUAUCAAUGAGAAGUCCUAAUGGUGCUCCCACUAAUGUUUGUCAUUGGGCAAAUGGAUAUCCUGUCAAUGUUUACCUCUAUAUUUCCCUUCUUCAAUCCGUUUUCGAUCUCGAGGACCAGACAUUAGUCCUCGAUGAAGUCGACGAGUUACUCGAGCUAAUAAAGAAAACAUGGUCGACACUCGGGAUCAAUAGGCCAAUUCACAAUUUGUGCUCCACAUGGGUAUUUUUCCAACAAUAUGUAGCAACUGGACAGAUAGAACCUGACCUUCUUUGUGCUUCGCAUGCUAUGUUGAAUCAAGUCGCAAAUGAUGCAAAGAAAGAAAAGGAGUGUUUGUAUGUUAACAUGUUGAAAUCUGUACUCGGUUCAUUGUUGAGUUGGGGUGAUAAGAGGUUGCUUAACUAUCAUGAAUAUUUCCAGGGAGAGAAUGCUGCUGCACAAAUCGAAAACCUUCUUCCUGUCGUGUUGUUGGCGUACAACAUUCUCGGAGAUGUUACAAUAUCUGAUGGAGAAACGCAUGAGAAAGAAGAUAAAACUAUAGCGGAUUCCUCUGAGGAUCGCGUUGAUGAUUAUAUUCGUUCGUCCUUGAAAAAUGCAUUUGAAAUGAUAAUAGAAGAAGCAGAUGCCAAAUCUGCUGAAUCUGAAACAGAGAAAGAGAUAACUGAUGUUAUGCUUCACUUAGCUCAAGAGACGGAAAAUUUAGCGACGAAGGAGAGACGGAAUUACAGUGGAGUGUUAAAGAAAUGGCAUGCGACAGCGGGUGCAGUUGCGGCGUUGACACUGAACAAUUGCUACGGACAUGUGCUAAAGAAGUAUUUAAGUGAAAUGAUGACAAUAACAGUUGAGUUGAUUUUAGUACUGAUGAAAGCUAAAAAACUAGAAGAUAUUUUAGUCCAAAUGGUUGUUGAAGAUUCUGCCGAUUGCGAAGAUGGUGGCAAAACAAUAGUAAGAGAGAUGGUUCCAUUUGAAGUUGAUUCAACCAUAAUGAACUUGAUGAAAAAAUGGAUAGACGAAUCACUGCAAUAUGGGAAUGACUGUUUGCUGAAAGCAAAACAAACUGAAACAUGGAAUCCGAAGUCUAAAUCGGAGCCAUAUGCGAAAUCAGUGGUGGAGCUGAUUAGUACUGCCAAGAAAAUUGUACAUGAAUUCUUUCAAAUUCCAAUUGCAAUAACUGAGGAUUUAGUUCAAGAACUUGCUGAUGGAUUACACAAAAUCUUCAAAGAGUACACCGUGUUUAUUACAGCAUGUGGUUUGAAAGAGAACUACAUUCCAUCUCUUCCACCUCUAACAAGAUGCAACAGGAAUUCAAAGUUCCACAAGCUGUGGAAGAUAGCUAGCCCCUGCAAUGUCAGUUGUGAAGAUCCACACAUGUAUGGAAUAUAUGAAUCAAAUAGCCCUCAUUCAUGCACUAGUCGAGGAACGCAGCGCCUCUACAUUCGUCUCAAUUCUUUACAUUAUCUCCUUCCUAACAUAGCAUUUAUUGAUAAAUCACUCACACUCACCCCAGGACUAAUACCUUCCGAUAGCCGGCGCCGAGGCAGUUCUACAACUUCAUACUUUGAAACAGUUAACAACUCAAUCCUAGCAGCCUAUGAACACCUCUCGGAAGUGGCUUCAUACCGUUUAAUAUUCCUCGACUCAAACGCUUUCUUCUACGAUAGUCUCUAUGUUGGCGACGUCGCCAAUGCUCGAAUCAACAAAACUUUGACAAUCCUCAAACAUAACAUCAAACUAAUGACAGCAAUUGUUAUGGAGCGAGCUCAAGCAUUGUUAACGAAGGAAAUCAUGAAGGCAUGUUUUGAAGCAUUCCUUAUGGUUUUGCUUGCUGGUGGAACAACAAGGAUGUUUAAUGAGUCAGAUUAUGUGAGUAUACAAGAGGAUUUUCAAUGUUUGAAGAAAGCAUUCUAUAGUUGUGGAGAAGAGUUGAUAUCAGAAAGUGUGGUGGAUAAAGAGGCUGAAGUAGUGGAAGGUGUCAUAGCAUUAAUGGGAAUGAGUACUGAAGAAUUGAUGGAAAAUUUAACUAAUUUAUCAACUGAGAUGGAUGGUGUCACUGGAAACGGUACCAAGAUUCCAAUGCCACCAACCACAAGGAAAUGGAAUAGAGCUGACCCCAACACAAUUUUGAGGGUAUUGUGCUAUAGAAACGAUCGAGUCGCCAAUCAUUUCUUAAAAAGAACUUUCCAAAUAGCUAAGAGGAGAUGACGAUAAUGAGGUGCGAUUCUUGAUAUUGUAAAGAAACAAUGUAAAAUUCAUGAUGUUACAACCUAGGCUGCGGUUGCAGACUUUUAUUAAAGAUUCUAGUUAAUACAGAUAUAAUAUUUUUGUAUAGACGAAUGUUAACAAUUAGUUUAUGUAUUAAGGGGGAAAGAGAAAUGUUAGUGUCAGAGAUUGAACUAUGGACCUUCUGCAUGUAACUCCUUCGAUGUCCUUAGUCAAACCACUGGACUACCCAUUUGGAGACAAAUAUCCAACUUACAAUACAUUUAAGGUGCAAUAUUUUCUUUUGUCCUUCUUAAUGGAGAGUUGGUGAUUUUGGUAAUGGACAUAAAGUUGGUAGAAUGUAAAAAAUAGAAUGUUAGGCCUUAAAUGUAAAUAAAGGACUAUUUUUCCAAGUUGGAGAAAUAAGAGAAGGGCAAUUGUUUAGUUACAUGUGAUUGACUGUUGUUAGGUGGAAUAUGAGUAUAAGUCUUUUUUACUACUGAAUUCUCUAUUUGUAUUUUUGUUUGAUGCUUUGAUUAUCAAAAUUCAUGUGGAAAUAACAACUUUA